UUGUUUCCUUUCAGAAUUUUUUUUCCUUUUUUUUUCUCCCGUUGAUUUCUUAUCAUAUCUCAUUCAAUUGCGCAUAAAGGAACAGCAAGAUUUGAUUUUUAUAAUCAAAGACAUGUCGACUGGUCGAAAACUCUGUGCAUUUCUGAGAAUUCCUUUGAUUACCAGUUGUUGUGUUGCAUUUUGCACAACUAUGUUUUUGAUUGAUUUUCACCAACUAUUUGGAUGGAAACACACGGCAAAGCAUUURUGUCUUAGCUCCCAUGAAAUACUUCGCUCUGGACAAGUCUAUAGGAUUUUUACGUACACUUUCGUACACAAAGGACCUUGGCAUUUGGCUGUCACAAUGAUCCCUAUGCUUUUCGUGGGCUCAUUAGUAGAGAAACAAGUUGGGAGCAUUCUGUUCUUCUUAUUUCUCAUAAUAUGCUGGGUGAUAUCAACAACUCUUGAAGUUGCUAUGGCAACAAUGUUAUACCAUGUCUUUCAUAGUCUGUUCCAUGGYUGCAACAUGGGCUUUUCUGGAAUUGCAUUUGGACUGACUGCUGUCCUAUCUCAAGCUGUCAAGCACAAACAGUGUGGUUUGUGUAUUUUCCAAGUUCCAGUAUUUCUAUUACCAUGGAUAUUUUUUAUUCUUUAUUUUGUUUGUUUUCAUCAUGGUGCUGUAUUUUUGCAUCUUGGUGGGAUUGUUGCUGGUUAUGCGUAUAAGUCUGAUGUCUUUAACUGCUGCUUACCUUCACCUGAGAAACUGGCCGAGUGGGAAUAUUCCAACCAUUUCAAAUGCCUUGUCCAGCUGCCCUGUUUCAGUGCUCAAAUUACUCCUUCAAUACAUGCUAAGACAGUUGUUAGAAGAGUCUAGCAUGAUUUUGGAAACAUCUUCUCAAGGUAUUGGUGUUCAAGAAUAUGCUUAGGUGCCCUUGUUGGAAGAGAUUAUAGAGGUUGGAUGGAAACAUUCAGAAUCAUUACUUGAAGAAUUAAAGACAUGUUGCAAAUAAAUCAAAAAUUUAAUAUUGAUAAGGGGUCUUAGAAGGGGUCCAGAAGCCCCUGGAACCACAGUAAAAUAUUUCAGGUGAUUAUUACAUUAUUUAUAGUGAAAAAUAAAUCAUAACUGAGGAGAACAUAAGUACACAAACAAAGCAUGAAAAGCAGAGAUGCCAACACCCGAAAAUUUCAAAUCUUGAGACAAUAUACAUGAACGAAAAUGACGUCAUACCGGAAAUGACGUUUCAUAACAUUAUCGAUGACGUCAUCGCAUUUAUCAAAUUUCUUUAUAACUAGUGAUUUGAUUGGAUGUAUCUUAACCAAUCAUAUUAUAGAUUGUAGUGUGCAAUUGAAAAUGGCCGCGGAUGCAUGGCGUGCAGUGUAUUUCAAAAAACUGAUAUAUGAAUCGUCAUUAUCCGGGAGAUUUAGCGGUAAAAUCUUGAGACCGGGAGAAACGGUCGAAAAUCUUGAGACUCCCGGACUAUCCGGGAGAGUUGGCGUCCCUGGAAAAGGUUAUUGCCGAGGUGUUAACAUACCCAGGUCCUUCUCACUUUCCCAACGGAAAAUCGAAGGCUCUGGUUGGAGACGAGUGAGGAGGGAGGAGGGGAAAAACAAGAGACUGCUAGAACGGGCCACCAAGUCGUGUUCUCGUGGCCGCCCCGCAUCCUGAUUGGCUUAAAUCAGUGUCAUGAUUGACGUUUUCAAUUCGUCGUCAAAAAAAACAUUAUCCAGGCUAUAAUAUUGGUUUGGAAUGCCUUCACUAGUUUGAAAGGACAUUUCCAUGUACGUUUGUCGCUGUUGAAUACUAUAGAUAUGGAUUUUCUUAAUAGGGUGGUGGGAACWAGCGGUAAACUAGUGUGAGCUGCGUCGGUGUUACUAAAGAAACAGUCGUGUAAAAAAGAUAAAUUUAACACCGUAAAAAAGUAGGUAAGCUAGGUUUUUAAUAUGUUGAUCUUUUUUCAAGUGAACUCACUGCAAUUUCGUCAGCUCUUUUCUUGUUCUUUUAAUACUAGAAAGAUGUCAUAUAAGUCGUACAUUACAUUACAUUACAUUACAUUAACGUUUGCCAGGAACAAUUUUUUUUUAAAGAAGGAAGGGCGCGACAUUUACUUGUGAGAUUCAACAAUGUAGCUCAAAAUCCUUUUCCCAGUAAAAAAUUCGUACAAGAACAGUUUUUUAGAAGAACAGACCCCGUCGGCUCCUCCUGCUAAAUCCCCGGCUAUAAUGUGGUAAUUCCCUGGCCCUCCCCGCCSGCGAUUGGGGGCGGGGCCUUAAUUGACUGGUAAUGAGGCCCAAGAGUCUUUGCGCAUCAAAAUGUGACCCAGUCUGUCACACGUUUCUACGACAGUUGAGUCUCUGUYUUUGUCGGUAGCUUGAUUCCACAAUGAGGAGGAAUAUAAAACCGGAUAAAACUGUCGCAGUUCUCGACUUGGAGACAACGGGCUUUACAGAAGACGACAAAGUAGUUCAAAUUGCGUGCUUGAAAAUCAAGAGAAAUGGCUUAAUGACAGUUUGGACGCGGUUAGUCAAUCCACACGUGGAUAGUCAACGACAGUAUACAUGUGAGAGACGGUUCUCUCCUGAGUUCUUGAGCACAAAGCCAUCGUUUGAGAGGGUGGCCGACAACUUUCUUUGCUUUCUACAAGAUGUUGAUGUCAUUGURUGUCACAAUGCAAUUUAUCACUGGUCAAUGUUAUGGAAUGAGUUCAGAAGAUUGGAUGUUUCUAAAGCUGAUAAAUUUAGUAAGAAAUUUCUAUGGCUUUGCACUUAUCGCUUAGCGGUCUUGUGUUUUCCCGAACAGACCUCUCACAAGUUGAACGACUUGAAAGAAACUUUCGACAUCGAUACAACUGUAAUGAUAACGUCUAACUUGUUAGUUGAUGAUGGAGGAGAUACCAGGGAAAAAUGGGAUGCCUGUAUGUACGAUGUAUUUACAA